UGCCGCUUUGGGGUUCUUUAUAGUGAGGAAUUAACAGUAAAAUGCAUGUAAAACCGUAAAAAGUAGAAUUAUCAUGGUAGGGCCCCUUUAGGCGAUCAUAAGGGUGCUGGAGUAACCAAUAAAAACAUGCAGCGACUAUCGAACGUGGGGUACAACAUGUAUAGUUUGCCAUGGCAUGUACACAACAAAAGUUCUUCUGAGGACAUUCUCCUUUUAUAAAAGCAAAUUGCUGCCAACACAAUGUAUGAAAAAAAAGAUUUCUAUACGACUCUAUGCUAUAGCUUGGUUAUUGGGGAUUUGUAAGAUUGCACUAAUCCUGAGAAAAUACUAAAACCCUCAAGCUUUUUUUUUUCUUCAACUCAUAGGGAUUGCAGCACCACUGUCCACCACCUCAAACUGAACUCCUCACCUGCGUCCUAAAGUGCUCAGUUUCAAAGAAAAUCGCAAAGUGAGUCAAGGUAACAUGAGCACAUUUUAUUUAACCACAACAUUGUCAGAUAAACGGUUUGAGAUGGUUAAUCUCCAAGGCAGCCCGACCAACCAGUUUGCAGAUUAAAUCUGCGUUCCCAUCAGGACCAGAGCAAAGAUUUAAUCAUUCCUCGGUGUACCGGAGCAAAGACGCUGUUGAGAUCAACUGUUGCCAGAUUUAAAGUUAAUCCUCAGGACGUAUCUGUGUUUGCAGAUCAAGGGCUCGACUCUGCCCUCAAUCGAGCGUCUGUGCUGGACUUGGCAAUGGGGUUGGGUGGGGGGCGUCCAGAUGUGUCAAGUCAGGCAAAGGGAAGGUUUGAUUACAUAUAGUCCAGUUUCAUUAUAAAACCAUGGGAAAUAUUGAGGUUUAUCAACAGUGAAGUUUAAAGGCUUCAUUUAAAGUAAAAGAAAAAAAAUAGUUGUUUUGAAUUUUGCUUAAAUGUAUCAUCUGGAGAAUUUUUGAAAAAUAUAAAAAAAAAUGUUCUCCCCCAAAAACAAUUCAUCAAAGUGAGUAUAAAUGCAAAAAUCUAUAGAAUAAAUGUUUUGUCACCCUGUAUGACCCAUAAAAAUGUGCUCUUCAUUCGUCAAGUAUCUGAACUUUUAUUUUGAAAGCUGCAAAGAGAGGGGCUUUCUGUUCUUGUGCAGUUGACAGAAGCACUACAGAGCUCAGUCCUCCUCCUCCUCCUCAGAUGAAGCCCACAAUUCAAGUGUGCACCGGGAAAACGUGAUGAGUGCAGACUGAACAUGGAAAGAAAAACCUCCCAGGCACAUGAAGGAUCUUAGCAUGGGGCAGCUGGAUGCAUUUUGAUCGCCUGCAGGAGAGGAGCGUGUGCUUUUGUCCCUUUUUCUCUUGUUUUUGUCAUCACCAUGUGUGAAGGAUGGAUGCGGGUUGGAUGCCUGUUUGUUUUCACCACGGAUACAAGGACUGACAGCUCAUCAGCAUGAACUGAGGCCAAACGAGAAAAAGAAGGAAAAUUGAUCUCGAUGUUUAAAACUUCCACUGUGGAGGAGCGACCAUGGUGAAAAGGCAGGGACUGUUAUUUCCACUGCUCUACUUUAUAGCAGAGUUUUGGCUCACUUCAGAGCAAGUCCUGAGAAUCGGGGGAAUCUUUGAGACGCUUGAAAAUGAGCCCAUUAGUGUGGAAGAGCUGGCCUUUAAAUUUGCUGUAACCAACAUAAACAGGAACCGGACCUUAAUGCCAAACACCACGCUGACCUACGACAUCCAGAGAAUAAACCUUUUUGACAGUUUUGAGGCCUCAAGAAGAGCCUGUGACCAGUUGGCUCUGGGAGUGGGGGCUGUGUUCGGCCCCUCUCACAGCUCAUCAGUCAGCGCGGUUCAGUCCAUCUGCAAUGCUCUGGAGGUCCCUCACAUCCAGACGCGCUGGAAACACCCCUCAGUGGACAACAAAGACAGCUUCUACAUCAACCUCCAUCCUGAAUAUGCCUCUCUAAGCAGAGCUGUGCUGGACAUAGUGCAGUUCUACAAGUGGAAAGCGGUCACGGUGGUCUACGAGGAUGCAACCGGAUUGAUUCGUUUACAGGAAUUGAUCAAAGCUCCCUCCAGAUACAGCAUAAAAAUUAAGAUCCGACAGCUUCCGUCAGGAACCAAAGAUGCCCGUCCUCUCCUGAAGGAGAUGAAGAAAGGGAAAGAGUUUUUUGUCAUCUUUGACUGCUCCUACCAAACCACAACCGAUGUUUUAAAGCAGAUUCUGUCCAUGGGAAUGAUGACAGAAUAUUAUCACUACUUCUUCACCACCCUGGACUUGUUUUCCCUUGACCUGGAACCGUACCGCUACAGUGGGGUCAACAUGACCGGGUUUAGGCUGCUGAAUGUCGACGAUCCUAAAGUGGCUUUGGUGUUGGAGAGGUGGGCUAUGGAGCGGCUACAAUCUCCUUCCAAAGUUGAGACGGGAAUGAUGGAAGGAAUGAUGACGACCGAAGCGGCUCUGAUGUAUGAUGCUGUUUAUAUGGUGGCUGCUGCUUCCCAACGCACCUCCCAGAUCACUGUCAGCUCCCUGCAGUGUCACCGACACAAACCCUGGCGCUUCGGAUCUCGAUUCAUAAACCUGCUCAAAGACACUCAAUGGAGCGGCUUGACCGGACAAAUACUUAUUAACAAAACAGACGGCCUUCGAAAAGAGUUUGAUUUGGAUGUCAUCAGCUUGAAGGAAGACGGCUUGGAGAAGUCAAUGUCCGGCAGCCGCUUGAACAAAGUGUGGAAAAAGAUUGGUGUCUGGAACUCCCAGAUGGGCCUUAAUUUAACAGAAACCAGCAGGGACUCAUCUACAAACAUCACAGACUCAAUGGCAAAUAGGACCCUCAUUGUCACUACCAUUCUGGAAAAUCCUUAUGUUAUGUAUAAGAAGUCCGAUAAACCGCUGUAUGGGAAUGACCGCUUUGAGGGUUACUGCCUCGACUUGCUCAAGGAGCUCUCCAACAUCUUAGGUUUCUCCUACGAAGUAAAACUGGUGUCAGAUGGCAAAUAUGGUGCCCAGAAUGACAAGGGGGAGUGGAAUGGGAUGGUGCGUGAACUCAUUGAUCAUGUGGCUGACCUUGCCGUCGCUCCUCUCACCAUUACAUACGUGAGGGAAAAGGUGAUCGAUUUCUCCAAGCCCUUCAUGACUCUGGGAAUCAGCAUCCUCUAUCACAAACCAAACGGCACCAAUCCAGGAGUGUUCUCCUUCCUUAACCCCUUAUCUCCUGAUAUCUGGAUGUAUGUGUUGUUGGCCUGCCUCGGUGUCAGCUGUGUGCUGUUCGUCAUCGCCAGGUUCACCCCUUACGAGUGGUACAACCCACACCCUUGCAACCCAGACUCAGAUGUGGUUGAAAACAACUUCACUCUGAUCAACAGUGUGUGGUUUGGAGUUGGAGCACUUAUGCAGCAGGGGUCUGAACUGAUGCCCAAAGCACUUUCAACGAGGAUAGUUGGUGGAAUAUGGUGGUUCUUCACACUGAUUAUAAUCUCCUCUUACACUGCCAAUUUGGCUGCCUUCCUCACUGUGGAAAGAAUGGACUCUCCGAUUGACUCUGCUGAUGAUUUGGCCAAACAAACCAAAAUAGAGUAUGGUGCUGUGAGAGAUGGCUCCACCAUGACAUUUUUUAAGAAAUCUAAGAUCUCAACCUAUGAGAAAAUGUGGGCGUUUAUGAGCAGCAGGAAAAACACAGCCCUGGUGAAAAACAACCGGGAGGGGAUUCAGAGGGUCCUCACCACAGAUUAUGCUCUUCUGAUGGAGUCCACCAGCAUCGAGUACAUCAGCCAGCGCAAUUGCAACCUCACACAGAUUGGAGGCUUGAUAGAUUCCAAGGGCUACGGUGUUGGGACUCCAAUUGGCUCUCCAUACCGAGAUAAGGUCACAAUUGCCAUCCUGCAGCUUCAGGAAGAAGGGAAACUGCAUAUGAUGAAGGAGAAAUGGUGGCGAGGAAAUGGCUGUCCGGAGGAAGACAGCAAAGAGGCCAGUGCCCUCGGCGUGGAGAACAUUGGUGGAAUCUUCAUCGUGCUGGCAGCUGGACUAGUCCUGUCAGUUUUUGUUGCGAUUGGAGAAUUCAUUUACAAAUCUAGAAAAAACUUGGACAUUGAGGAGGUGAGUGUUGGUCAGUGCGAAUGGCACAAUAAGUAUUAAUACUUUUGGGGACUCAGAGACUUUUAUGCACCGACAACACUUUAGUGUUACCAUUGUCUUUACAGGAUGACAGGAAUCAGUGGGCCAAUUUUUUUUUCUUUUCUUGUCUAAAAAGCAUUGUUACAAUCAGAACAUGCACCACAGAGUUUUGUGUUUCUAGUAGAUUUAGGGCACACAAACAUGCUCGUGAGAAUUGAAAGCAUACAUUAAAACCCCAAUUUAUAAACAUGAAUGACGAUGUAGUGAAUUGGUUGUAACACUUGACCAUCAGGGCCUUGCUCGUCUUGUUUUACUUCAAAAGCAUUGUUGGUUUAUCUUAUGUGAAAGAUACACUAUCCCAUUAAUUCAUGCCUGAUUGCCACCUUCAUAUCAAUAAGUACAGUAUGAUUAGGACAUUUUUAUUUACAGUAUAGCACAUAAACUUUUAUUGGGAUUUGCCAAUCAAUAUCUAGACAAAUGUUUCCUUCAAUCGUGACAUUUCUUGAUAUACUUACCAUUGUUUGUCUACUUUUUAAAAAUGAUUUAUGUAUCUCAAAAAACUAGAUCAUCAUCAAAAUGUUUUUUUUAAUCUUUUUUUUAUUGUUUCCUUAAAGGUAAAACUCUGAACCUACCUUCACAGUCUCCUUGGCGACACAUGUUCAAGCAGUCACUGGCUAUGUAGUUGCACGUUAACGCACGUUUCUGGCUUCCACAAUUGAAACCAACAUUCGUGCAUAGCUAAGAAAGUUUAUACAGCCAUUUCCAGAUUAAACACAUGGCUCCUGAACAUGUUAAAAGUUAAACCAGGUUGAACUUUGACUGAUCAGGGAAUCGGAUCUGAUAGUAAUGAGAUCCCCUUUAAUUCACAGAAGUGCCAAAAGCGUGAAAAUUGAUCAUGGAAGAGAAAUCAAUAGUUGUGGUUUGUUGGACUUAUACAAUGCAUUCUCACCCCCAACUCGUCGUAAAAGGAUGUAUGGUUUGGCUCCCCGCCGUGUCACUUUUUGAAGUUUUAGAUGUCCCAAACUCAUGUUUAUUGACAUAAUGGCUGUUCCCACAGGUCCCCAAACCUUGAGACGCGUACCAGUACCGGUCCGAGGCCGCUUGGUACAGAGAUACAGAUGCUAGUCAGUGGUCCACAAAGGCGAAUGGUUACUGGUACCCUGACCAGGUACCAGUUCCGUGUCCCAAGGGUUCAGGAUCGGUCAUUUUUUGAAUUAAUGGAAACAGCCAACACAUCAAAAAACGAGAAGUUGGGGACACUCAAUAUGUCAAAAAGUGAUGCGGAGGAAGCCCAAUCCAAACGUCUAUAUGUAACGAGUUGGGAGUGAGAAUGUGUAGAAUUAUAUGACACCAAGAAAAAGCGUGGAACAACAUCAGUGACAUUUCGUACCCAACUGUAGGUGGCGAACAUGUGCUAAUAAACAGUAGUAAAAGAGACAGAAGCCCUUCCUGACUUGGCCAGUGUGAACACCAUGGGCUAAACGCGCAUUAAAGAACCUACAUUUAGCGUGUUCUUGAACACAUCCCCAGUGUGUCAGUAGUUUAAUAUAUGCUUUGGUUGCAGGAUCCUGAAUUCAAUUUCACCAACAAUACCAGCACAACUUUUGAUGAUGUUCUAGUUUAUUGAGAUGCAAUAGUAUGUUUUCAAACAUACAUGCACAGGAUUUAUGUUGUAAAUGUUUCUGAAUGAUUGAGGUUUCACAAAAGUUGUUUUUGUUUUUAUUUUUUUUUACUUUUAGAAUUUUGUGACCCCCCCACCCCCACCCUACAAGCCUCAUAAUUGGUCAAUUUUAACAAACUUUUGCAUCUAAACUUGAAAUCACAAAAAAAUAGCUGAUUUUUUUAAAAUAAUGCAGCUAUACAUUGUGCACAUUUUGUUUUUUAACAUCUGUUUAGUUGAUUUAAAACAAUUUCUUACACAAUAUAUCAAGGGGGAGGUGCUAUGAUUUUCCGCUGCUUUAUUACAUAACCGUCAUUUUAUAUACUGACAUACUUUUCUGUUUAUUUUUUUUGGCAUAAAUUUGUGUUCCAUGCAGUGUUACCUAAAAACUUCUACUUAUCAAGUGGACUGUUUUUACUUUGCAACAUUUGAUGUAUGUUUGUUGUUUUACUGCCUUGAACUUCCCUUCUGUGUGUCGAUGACCUCCCACUGGUUCAGGCAUUUUUGGAGUCGACAAACUACCACUUUUCAAUCUACAGAUUUUUCUUAUAUUGUUAGAAGCUGAAUUAGUCUACAUUUUCUCACUCCUCUUUCGCAUCUUUAUAAGUACGAUUUUUUUUAAGUCUCAUACAGUUUUUGUGAGUUUUAAAUUAAAUAAUUAAAAAAAUAAAGUGGGUUUUGAAUUUAGCAGAUUGAACUGGGCUUUCACAAAAAGACAUUCUCACAUGGUGGUUGGUUGCAUGUAUUAAUGGUGAAAUAGGCUUUUUAAAUACAUCGAGAUGCCUACUGUCCAAAUGCUUUUUGCUUUAUUGUGUAAUAUUGUUUUUUUUCUCACCUUGAAGUAUGUCAGUAUUGAAAUCCUUCUUGCUAUGACAAACGACUGUUCGCUCAAUCAUUACCUCACUGUUUCUAUAACAAAUUUUUCCAAUGCCGCAUCAUGAAUCAGAAGGACUUAACUAUGUUUGUUCAAUAUAUAUAAAUGUUAUAAAUUGGACCCGAGAGUUUAAGCCUUCAGCGACAAUGAAAUAUAUACACUCUGCAUACAAUCACCUGUAGAUCUGUAAUCACUUCGUUUUUGGUUGUCUUUUAUUUCAUUGAAUGUUUAUGAGGCCACAAUUUUAAAGGGAUGGUUUGUUAAAAAUAAACUUAAACUGACUGUCAAUUUGAUUAAUAAAAAAUGAAACUUGUGAAAUAUUUAG